UUGAUUAUCUAAUUGAUUAUCUAAUUGAUUAUCUAAUUAAUUAUCUAAUUGAUUAUCUAAUUGAUUAUCUAAUAUGCAAGAUUAAAGCUAAAUCAUGAAACUAAUCUAUUCCAAGAUUUCUCUACUUUUCUUCAUUGCUGAAGUGUAUGGAUACAGUACUGGAGCCCCGGAACCCGGAUGUAUAACUUUGGAACCAGGGCAUGGGAAUCCACCCAGAGAUAAUCAAGAAAACCCCUACCAUCUACAGGUUAAAGAACUAGGAACUAGGCUUGAAAUAAUAUUAAAAGGGAGCGGAUGGUUGAUUGUUGAAACGUUUAGAGGAUUUAUUAUUCAGGUUCGCCAGAACUCAGAUGAUGCAAUAAUUGGCAGCUUUGACAUCAAUUCAAGUUCAUCAGCUCAGUAUGGAGCUUGCUCUUUACCUCAGAAUACUGUUACUCAUCUUAGUUCUGAUGACAAGACUUCAGUGAGUGUAAUUUGGAACUCUCCGAGAAAUUUCCAUGGUCAGGUUUAUGUUACAGCAUCGGUGGUACAAGACUACAAUAACUACUGGGUCGAUUUCAGAUCAGAUAUCAUUGAUAUUAAAAAGACAACAGAGCCAGAACCAGAACCAGAACCAGAACAAGAAACAGAACCAGAACCUGAACCUGAAACAGAUGAAAGAGCUAAGCUGGAAUCCAAAAUUAAACCAAAACAUGUCAUUUAUGAUGGUUGCUUUGAAACAAAGGGCUGCUUCGGAUAUCCUGCUCUAUGUGAGGUAACUGAGGACUGCCAAGUUGUUGCAUCAUGGAGGCAGGUAACAACAACAACAACAACAACAACAAACAGUCUAAAGAAAUGUGUUGUUAGAGAUUUUUAAUUGUAGAAUAAGAGAGAAUGGGGGCGUUCGGUUUUUUAAAUUUAUUCGUUAUCGUUCAAUGUUUCAUUUUUUUCAGUCGUAGA